AUGAACGGAAACUCUUCAGACCACAGUCGAAAGCCCUCAGUCACCAUCAGCGCCAACGGCCCUAAUAGCUACGCUGCAAACGGCGGCCCUGUUGGCGGAGCAAAAGCCGGCAUCCAGUUUGGCUUCUCAGAUUCGCCUGCCAUGCAGCAUAGUACCCCCCAGCCGACGACCGCGGCGCCCAUCCCCAUCCCUGGGAACAGCAACCCGCGCGUCCAGUCGCCUGCGCAUUCUCCCUCCCCUAUUCCGCAGCCUUCUGCCAGCGGCGGUAAGCCUCCGUCUACUGGACCGGACGGCGGAUUCAGAAUCGGUAGCUUCGGUGGCGAUGGCGAGCGCCACAUGAGACCCGGCUCUAUCUCUCAGAACGCCGGCAUUGCUCUCGGUUCCCAGUCUCCGCAUAUGCGACAUAACUCUCAGCACAGCGAUAUGGGAAAUCAUGGGAACCAGGGCCCGAACCGUGGCGGCUUUUCACAAGGCGGUCGAGGUCGAGGUUCAUUCAAUCCUCAGUACGGCCAGCAGAUGGGCUUCCCACCCAACGGCGGCCAGUAUCCUCGUGGCCCCAGUCAAGGUCGCGGUGGCAUGCCUCCUCAAUACGGUGGCCGCCCUGGGAUGCAGCCGUAUCCCAACUCUCCUCAACCAGCACGCGGCAGCCCAGCCCUCCCUCCAUCUAUGCCAAACCAGGGCACUCCGACUAUGGCUCCUGCUAUGCCCAUCCCUCCCAACCACGGAUUUCAGCACCAGUAUCCGCCCCCUAUGGGCACUGGCUAUCCUCCACAAGUAUUUGCCCCUCCUUUCCUUCCGCAAGAUCUUUCUAUCAAGUCACAGAAGAAGAAAGGCAUCCGUCGCGACUUCGAGAAAUCAUCUCAUUUGCGGCCGCUUAACUCUUCACAAAAGAACUCCAUUCGUGACUUCAAUAACAAGGCACCUCGACGCUUGAGUAAGCGUUGGGAGCCUAUGGCGGAGUCUGAUCCACGAUCCGGCGGGACUUGUCCUCCCGAGUCUCUGGAUAAGCCUCCUCUGCCACUGCCCCCUGUUUCUGCGAUUUCUUCUCUCAAGAUGUCAACCGUUGUCGACCUAUCGCCGGCAAGCGGUAAUUUUGAUCGCUUACUAACAGCACAAAAACAGAACUAUGGAGCAUACCCCCAGAUGGACCACAUGGGUCGCCCUCUGAGCAUGGGUUAUCCUACCUACCCUCCUCAGAUGCACUACAUGAACGCACCGCCCCAGUCACCAUCUCCUGCUGGUUUCGCAAACCCCUACGUACCUAACCAAUACGCACCGCCCCCUCAGGCUCAGCCUAUGUCCCGCAACUCCUCUCAGAUCUCGGAGCGUCCCGCUUCGAGCACUGGACAGAGCCAGCCCGUGAUUGCUCAGGGCACUCCUCAACUUCACAACGCUCAGCCCAAGGCUCCUGUGGUUGCCUCUUCGCCUGCAUUCGUGCGACCAAAGAAGAGCGCCGCGAUUGUCAUCAAGAAUGCGGCUGGUGAAGAGGUGAACUUCAGCAACAUCAAGGCGCCUGCCUCGCCUGCUCCCAGCAUCCAGCAGUCAAAGACACCUCCAGUUGUUGCCUCGACACCAACUCCUCCGCCUAAGCCCUCCACCCCAGCCGCUGCAACCCACGCCCGGACCGACAGUGCCGCUACUGGCAAGUCCGCGGAACAGCUCCGCAAGGAAUUCCAGGAACAAGUUAGAAAGCAAGCUGAAGCGCCAUCUGAAGUAAAAGCUAAGGAAGAGGAGGCUGCCAAGGCUGCCGCCGACAAGGCUGCUGCUGAGAAGGCUGCUGCUGAGAAAGCCGCUGCCGAAGAGAAGGCUAAGGAGGAAGAGCGCAUCAAGCAAGAGGAACUCGCCAAAGCUGAGCAGAAGGCAAAGGAAGAGGCAGAGGCUAAGGUUGCGCAGGAGGCCAAGGACAAGGCUGAGGCAGAGGCAAAGGCGAAAGCCGACGCUGAGGCCGAGGCAGCUAAGAAAGAGGAGAAGAAGGAUGAUGGCGCAAUGGACGACGAGGAGCUGGAGCGUAUCAUCCGCGAAAUGGAGGAAGAGGAUGCCAGACGAGAGCAGGAGCAGGCUGCCAUCUCAGCAAAGAAGGCUCAAGAGAAGGCUGAGGCCAAGAAGAAUGCCGACGCCCAGAAGGCUACCGAGGCUGCGGACAACGACCGAAAGCUGCGUGAGCAGGAACGUGAGAUGGAACGCCUCGAAGAGGAGAGAGAGCGACAGCGCAAGGAGAAUGAGUCCAAGGGCACAUCCAAGUCUGUCGCUGAGCUUCUGACCGAGAAGAUCUCUGAUCUUACUUUGUCUGACAAGAAGGACUCGGCUGGCGCUGUUGCGGAUAAGCUUGCCAACCUGUCCCUCGAGAGUGGCGACGGUGCUUCCCCAACGACCGCCACUAAGCCGCACACGACCGAGAAGCGAGCGAAGCCUGCUGCGCUGAACCUCACGCCUCUAAAUACUAAGCCCGUGGAGCCUCCUCAGCCUAGUGCUGCUCUCCAGUCCCUGAAGACGUCCCGCUUCCUGAGCGUUAGAGAUGAAGUGAAGUACCCAAUGGGUAUCAACUCGCCAAAUCCGGCUCUGAACGCCGCUGUUGCCAAGAAGGGCAAGGCUUUCAAAUACGACUCUGCCUUUUUGCUGCAAUUUCAGAAGGUCUUCACUGAGGAGCCUUCCAUGGAGUUCCAUCAGCAGGUCAAGACUCUCAUUGGCGACAGUGAAGGUGGCCGCUCGCAGUCUGCUAGAACCCCGGGCGGAGCAGGCUCUGGUCGCCAGAACUCAAGGACUGGUGCCCCUGGUUUCCCGGCUAUGGGCUCUUUUGGCGCCCCCGGUGCUGGUGGCAAGCCUCUACCUCCUGGAACCACGUCGGAGCAGCGAUUCGCCAUGUCCCAGGGUAACAUGGCCCGUCCCAACAUCAACCCUAUGGCCUCUUUCCAGCGUCCUGGCGGUGCAUUCCCCGGAAGCAGCCAGAUGUCUCGCACUCCUUCAUCCUCUAACAUGGGUAUGCCGAACUCUCCUCGCCAGGGAAGCAGAUCGACUCGUGCCGGCAGCAAGCGUGCAGGAUAUGACACUCAGAAUGACGCAAAGGCUGCUAAGACUAUGCCCUUGACCCAAGGAAUGGAACUCAAGCCUAUCACCACCUCGGCUACUGGCUGGAAGCCUACUAGUAUUGGCAGCAAGGCAGGUCCCCCGGCGACUAGCGUGACGAGUGGCGGAGCCCUCGAUCCUGCGAUGGUCCAGCGGAAGGUCAAGGCCGCCCUGAACAAGAUGACUCCCGAGAAUUUCGACAGGAUCUCAGAGCAGAUUCUUACCAUUGCUGCUCAGUCAAAGGAUGAGCAAGAUGGCCGCACUCUUCGUCAAGUCAUCCAGCUUACCUUUGAGAAGGCUACUGAUGAGGCUCACUGGGCAUCCAUGUAUGCUAAAUUCUGUAAGCGCAUGUUGGAGACCAUGAGUCCCGAGAUCCGAGAUGUCACAAUUCUGGACAAGAACGGUAAUGUUGUCAGCGGCGGUGCUUUGUUCCGAAAAUAUCUCCUGAACCGAUGUCAAGAAGAAUUCGAGCGCGGUUGGCAAGUUGAUCUGCCGCAGCCCAAGGAGGGCGAGAGCAAGGAGGCGGCUCUGCUGAGUGACGAGUACUACAUUGCUGCAGCUGCCAAGCGUCGUGGUCUUGGUCUCGUUCAGUUCAUCGGAGAGCUUUACAAACUUGGCAUGCUUACGGAACGUAUCAUGCACGAGUGUGUUCGCAAGCUGCUCGACUUUAAUGGAAUUCCCGAUGAGGCUGAGAUCGAGUCCCUGUCGAAGCUUCUGAGGACAAUCGGUGGCAACCUGGACGCCACAGAGAAGGGCAGACCUAUGAUGGACGCCUACUUCGGCCGCAUCCAGACCAUCGUCGACAUGCCUGACCUGCCCAGUCGUCUCAAGUUCAUGCUCAUGGAUGUUGUGGAUCUGCGUAGGGUACACUGGGUUACCAAGGAAGGUCUCAAGGGUCCCAAGACUCUUGAGGAAAUUCGCGCUGAGGCCGAAGCACAAGCUGCCCAGAAGGCCGCUGAGAAUGCUAGAAGCAGUCAGAGAGGCGGGCCUGGUCGUGCUCCCAUGGGCCGUGGCGAUGCACGAAACUUCUCCUACAACCAGCCUGCGCCCAACCAGGUUGGAAUGGACGAUCUGCGGCGCUUGAAGGGCUCUGCAAGCCGAACAGCAAGCCAGAACGUCACUCUUGGACCGACAUCCAUGUUCUCAUCCCGAAGCAACAGCGGCCGGAGACUUGGCCCUGGCGGUGCUUUGAAUCGUGCUGGAGAAGAGUCAGGAGCCUCAUCGCGAACCGGCACACCACCCACGAGGGAAGCCGCCUCGCACACCAAUGCGUUUGCCGCACUUGCCAAUAUGGAGCCGGAACAUCCUGCCUCACCUCCCUCUACUGCGGCGUCCCCAGCGCUCGCAAAGGUUACUCCUGAUAGUGACAAGAAGGAGAGUGCUUGA